GCGGCAGAGCCCAGAGCGAUCGUGUCGGAGCGGCGGCAGGAGCGGAGCGAGCCGGGGAAUCGCGAUAGCGCCGCGAUAUUUUUGCGAUACCCGCGUGAUAUCCGCAUUCAGGAUUAUUGCACUUGGAAUUUGCCUUCUUCUCUUGGGGAUUACAAUCGCACCAUGACCCUGGAGGAGCUGGUGCCUUGCGAUAGCAGCAAGAUGCAGGCGGUGAGCGAGGCGGUGGAGCGGGUGCUGGUGGCGGCGCAGCGGCAGGACCGGCUCACCGUGGGGGUCUACGAGUCGGCCAAGCUCAUGAAUGUGGACCCCGACAGCGUGGUGCUGUGCGUGCUGGCCACCGACGAGGAGGACGAAGGCGACAUCGCCCUGCAGAUCCACUUCACGCUGAUCCAGGCGUUCUGUUGCGACAACGACAUCCACAUCCUGCGCGUGUCGGGCAUGCAGCGGCUCGCGGCCAUCCUGGGCGAGCCCGAGGCGGAGUCCGAGCCCCGCGACCUGCACUGCCUGCUGGUCACGAACCCGCACACGGACGCCUGGAAGAGUCAGGGCUUGGCGGAGGUGGCGAGUUACUGCGCCGAGAGUCGCGACAGGAACCAGUGGGUGCCUUACGUGUGUCUGCAGGAGCGCUGAGCCCUUCCCGGCCUGGACUCGAAGGGUUAAAAACCUUAAAAAAAAAACCAAACAGCGGGGAAAAAAAAAAAAAAAAGGAGAAACAGCCAGUUCCAACCCACAAUCCCCAAAACCCACCGAUUUUAUUUUUCUUUUGAACCGGAGAGAGGAAGGGGGAGCGCGGCCGCUGCGGUGGGAACGGAGGCGCCGGGCCGAGCCCGGGUGGCCACUGGCCGGAGCCGGGUGGCCACUGGCCGGAGCCGCUGGACACUGGUCGUGCUGGCCGUGGGCCGGAGCUGGGGAGCCCCGGGCGGGCGCUGCGGAGCGCGGGGGUGACCCCGGAGCUGGACACUGUCGCGAUUUUUGGCAGCUGUGACCUGAUGGAGGCGAGGACUGCAGAGGGCUGGAUUUUUUAAUUUUUAUUUUUGUUGCAAAAAAACUGCUUUUUCCAAGGAAUUAUCGACGUCUGCACACAUGGACUUGGCACCCCCCCGGGUGCUGCUUUUGGACUUGGACACCCUGAGCUGAACCUUUUCCAGAGUUUAUUCUUCUACCGAGCGAUGAACUAAAUUUAUUUGCAAUAAAAUGUCUGACGUUA